CACCUACGGCAUCUUUUCACUUGCAACAUGUGGAAGGCAGCACUCUUGACCCUGGGCUUGUUGGUGGCAUUGGUAGACCGGGUGCGGUCCAACGACGCCCAUCCCUCAUUCUAUGGGGUGAAACUGUGUGGAAGAGAGUUCAUACGAGCUGUCAUCUUUACCUGCGGUGGUUCUCGCUGGAGGAGAAGCGUGGGAGACUCAGCUCUUAUUGGAGAAGAGGCCUUUGACCCGUGGAACACAAAUUCCAUCCCUCAACUUGCUGGCAAGCAGGAUCCUGCAGAGACCGAAGUAUGGAGAGAUCAAACAUUAAAGGAGGCAUCUGUGGCUACUGGAUUCAGCCGCUUAGCCCGCUCACAAAUUUCUGAGGGGGUGCUGGAGGCUCUCCGGAGUGCAGAUAGGAAAGGACGGGAUGUAGUGGUCGGACUGUCAAACGCCUGCUGCAAGUGGGGCUGUAGCAAAAGUGAAAUCAGUUCUCUGUGCUGAAUCUUGUUUCUUAUUUACAUUUUGUCCUGUCACUAAUGCAGAGCUCCACUAUUUUCCUAUGUAAUUGCUUCAU